UCGCACCCAUUGAACUCAAAUACUAACAACGUCUUGAUCUUCUUCUACCCUUCCACUACUCUCUGGAUAGAUCUAAUCUACAUAUAUAUAUCCAUCUACGGAUUUUCUUUUUCUGUCUUUGGCUACUUCUCUCUCAUCAACAAGAAUGCCGUCGGAGUCACAAACACUCGAGGCAUCCCCGAACCGCUUGCCUAAGAAGAGGAAUGGGAUGUCAAAUCAGGAAGCAGCAAUAGCUAAAGCAAUGCAGAAUGUAUUGAAGAACAAGAAUGCGAUAGGAAACAAACCGAAUCCGGCGUCCAAAAGUAGAUGCAUAUGCGCUCCAACUACCCAUGUCGGAUCAUUCAGGUGCCACCUGCACCGGAUCAGCACAGCUCAGAAAUCGUCGCAUCAGUUAUUAGAACACAAGUGGAAUGCUCGAAGAAUCAUCUCCACGGACACAGACAUGCAGCAGCUUGGCCAUCAGCUAUCCCGAUUCGGAACUGCUGCUUUGAACAAGGAAGAACGUCAUAGUUUAGCCUUGAAUUCCUCUCAAGUCACGGCAACCGAUGGUUUAUAUUGAUAGGUUAUGUCGAUGUUCUUUUGCUGUUUGAUUUUUCAUUCUAGCUCUGUGACUAGUUAACUGGGAAUCAGAAGGAUUAGGGUGUAAAAAGUAAGGAUUUCUCCAGUAAAUAAAUUGUACAUAGUACUAUUAGCA